UUUUUUGGCGUUUUUCCUUUGGUGGUUUAGUUUAUCGUUCUCUCUGCUUCAUUCAUUUCAAUCGUGUGUAACAAGCGGGACAUAAGUUUGUUCAAACAUUCUAAGGUGUGUGAAUAUGAAAAAACUAGAGGCAGGCAAUUCAACUGAAAGGUAAAAUAAGCAACUUUGGAAUGGAGUGUGGAAAGUCGUCAGAGCAUUCGUCACAUAGCGCCUCCGAGGCAUCGGCGGACUCCGGGAGCCUGCUGAACAGUGAUCUGGCAAUGGCGGGCCGCGAGCUUACACUAACGCCCACAAAGCGGGAACGGCGCAAAUCGCCAGCCACCAGCUCUGAUAACACAAGUACCAGCGUUCAGGCUCCCAUGUCGCCGACAUCCUCGCUGGCGGACACAACGUUCGAGCCCACCAUAGACAUGAUGGUGAAUGACUUUGACGACGAGGCCACAUUGAACGAGGAAGAGGCGCUGGCCAACUUGGAGGCGCUCAAUCCAGAUGACGAGAUUGCCACGCUCAGGGAGGAGAGCGAAAUGCCCAUUGAGGAACUGCUGGCCAAAUACAGCAUGGCGCCCUCGCCGGCUGCCAGCAGCUCGAAGCGUUCGAGCGGCGGCUCAAGGCGGCGUCGAGCCACGAAGCGGCAGUACCAGGAGCUAGACACAGAAACAGCCCAUGCAUCCACAUCCUGCGCCGUUGCAGCACAGCAGGAGAAGGUCGACGAUUUCCUUGAUCAGUCGCAGGACCCAGGAGUUGGCCCCUCAAAAGAGAACACGUCGCCCAGCUCUCAGCGCAAUAAGAGUCCCAUGGAGACAGAUGAACCGCAGGCUAUUUUAUCGCCUGAUGUCACCAAGAAACAGCAUCGCUCCCACUUACUGGAUCUCUAUCCUGAUGAGUCCUUCGGGGAAAGUCCCCCACUUAUCGGAUCCCUGGAGGAGCUGGAAAGAUUCACGCCGCUUCAGGCGCUCUUCGAAGAAGUGGAGGUCGACGACGACGAAGACUCGGAUAACGAAUCAGAUGACGCGAGGAAGAUUAUCAUGGUUGGAACGGACUACCAAGCUGACAUUCCCGAGGGUCUCUCGCAGUACGGAGACAUAUUGCCGUACGAAAAUGAGGAUCUUUUAAUUUGGGAGCCGAGCCAAGUCUCUGAGAGGGAAGUGGAGGAAUAUUUGGCAAAGAUCCAAGAGACCCGAGCCUUGCCACCGCUGGAAGAGGGCGCUGAAGCUCUGGCCAGCGACGAGCAGCCCUCAGCACUUCCCGCCCCGUUGGCUCCUCCAAGAGUUCAGCAAGCGCCAAAUGCUGCCAGCGACGGAGAGACGCUGGCUGUGGUAAAGGACAACGAACAGGCCCUGCAUUUACUGGUCCAGUGUGGCUAUGACUUCAAUGAGGCACUGCGGCGCAAGCGGUUGAAUGUGCUGCCCCUGAGCGACACCAUGAGUAGCUGGUCCGAGGAGGAAUGCCUCAAGUUUGAGGAGGGAAUACACAAGUAUGGCAAGGACUUUUAUCAGAUACGCCAGAAUCAGGUGCGCACAAGAACCAUGCGCGAACUGGUCCACUUCUAUUACCUGUGGAAAAAGAGCGAGCGCCGAGAUCAGAGCUUUGCGCUGAACGACACCAUCGAUCACAUGGAUGUAUUCCUCAACGAAGCUGGCACUGGCAGUGGAAACGGAAACGGCAAUGGCAAUGGAAACGGCAACGGGAAAAGAAACGGCAGCUGCUCCCCACACAGCAGCAACGGCCACAGCAAUGGGGAGCACGCACUGGAUAAGGAUACCACUUGCUCGUCGCGAAAGACCUCCUCGAAGAGCUACUCCAUUAUGACUGGUGGCCAUCCCCAACCUGCAGGUGGUGCUGGCGGGACAAUUAGCAAGCGUGCAACGCCCGCGCCCAUGACCCCGGAAGACAGAGAAGAUAAAGAGGAGGAAGCAAACCAGGUUACCAUCUAAGUGAAAUAUGUACAUAAGCAGAGAGGGCAGGAAGGUCUAAGGAAAAUCGGCAGCUAGCUUAGGGAACUGACUCCGACAUCAUCCAUCUAGCUUUGAGCGCAGGCGCUUUCGUCUGGGUCAGGCAGGGCAGGGUAGGGGAAGGCGUAGUAGUAAGCAAAAGGUUCCAUUACCGUUCACUAAAAAAUAUAUGUAUGUACAUAUGUACGUGUAGGAUACAAUACAUACAUAUGUAUGUAUGUAUAUCUAAAAAUAUACAUUAUUCCAGAUUCUUAAAUCGAUAUUUCUCAUAACUAUUAAUGAAUUUCGUAAUUUUAAUCAUAUGAAUGUCUAUUUGUUACGAGUCCUAAUCGAUUGCGAAAUCCGAGUACUUAUGGCUUAUUAAAUAUGUACAUAU